AUGUGGGACACUUACCUGGCUGAUGACAGCAAAGAGCACAGCAGGGAGGCACAGGUCAGCAGAACAGCUCAGGCCUGGGUGGAGGGCAAAGGAAAACCAGCCUGCCUUGUUUUAAUCCCAGUUCUCAUCUCUUGCAGUGCCCAGAGACUGAAGUUCAGGCUGAAUCUCUACGAGCUGAAGGAGGGAAGGCAGAUCAAGCCCCAGACCUUUAUGAGCAUGGUUUCCAACCUGCUCUACGAGAGACGGUUUGGCCCCUAUUACACAGAGCCCGUGAUUGCCGGGCUGGACCCCGUGACACACGAGCCCUUCAUCUGCUCCCUGGACCUCAUCGGCUGCCCCAUGGUCACCGACGACUUCGUGGUCAGCGGCACCUGCUCCGAGCAGAUGUACGGGAUGUGCGAGUCCCUCUGGGAGCCAGACAUGGAGCCCGACCACCUCUUUGAGACGAUCUCCCAGGCCAUGCUGAACGCUGUGGACAGAGAUGCCAUAUCUGGGAUGGGCGUGGUGGUUCACAUCAUAGAGAAAGACAAGAUCACCACGAGGACCCUGAAGGCUCGCAUGGACUAGCCCAGCACAGCUGCUCCUGUGUCACACCCCUCCUGGGACUUUUUAAAAUAAAUCUCUGGAUUGGAGUGAA